GUGAUUCUCUGUUAUUCAGCCGUGGGAUUUCAUCUGGAACAGAUCGCCGCUUAGUCGAGCUUACUGAUAGCACAAUUCAAAGUAUCUCGAAAUGUUUCGAAGCAAAUCCUUUACUUGCUGGACCAUCUUCAGCCUCUGUGUUGGCCUUAUCUCGGGCACGGCAGUGGAUCAAUAUGGAUAUAACACUGGAGUGUCCUCGUCCACUACCCAGAGGAGUAACUCCGAAAUGCGCUGCAUGGACAUUAAUCCCCAGAACUCGAUGGACUUGGAGCAGAUGAUGGGCCUCUGGUACGGCAGCGAAAUUAUUGUGCACACCCAAGAUUUUCCCGGAGUCUACGAGUACGAUUCAUGUGUAAUCAUCCACCUGGCAGAUGUCACUGACCAGGUUCUUCUGUCUCAGAACAAUCGUCGCUAUGGCAUUGAUGGUUACGGUGGCUAUGAUAACCAAAAUUACAACCGCAACCAAAACAAUUAUGGAAGGACUACAACGCCACCCUCUUAUCUGGGAAGUGAGGAAUAUCCCCGCUACAACCAGGGUCAGCAGAAGUACCUUCGCCUAGUCUGGAGCGAGCGGGACAACAACCUGGAGUACACUUUCAACUACAGCACAAGUGCACCGGGAAAGUGGUCCAACAUCGGUGAUCAGCGGGGCUCCCUGGCAUCCCUGAACUAUUAUACCCAGUUCACGGGAACUGUCCAGGUCGUUAAGGCUGUCAACGAUCACCUGGUACUGAACUUCUGCGGCAAUGAUGUCAAGAGUUCCAUUUACACGGUGGUUCUGACCCGGAAUAGGCUGGGUCUCAGUUCAGAUGAACUGAGGAGCAUCCGAAGCCUUCUCUCCCGACGAGGACUCUACACGGAUACCAUCCGCAAGGUGUGCAAUGGAUGUGGUCAGCUGAGUGGCAGUUUCCUCGCCCUGGUAACCCUCUUUCUGGGCAUCCGCCUGGCUGGAUGGGGGCGGGGCCAGUGAUCCCGACGGCCUCCAAUCAGCUUAUUAUUGAGUCCAGCCAUAUUAUGUUAAUUCAUGUAAAGACUACUUAAAAUAUACAGACGAAAGUCCCCGAGAGGGCACUACCCAUAA